UAGUGUUUAUGGAAGUUCAGUCUCUUCAGUGUACUCAUUUAGUAAAGAUCAACGGACAAGCGGUACAGUUAGUUGAUGUUUAUUUUCCAUUAAGACAUUCCCACAAGAAAAUUACAAUAUGUCGAAACUAGUUUUGUACUAUGCAACAUUAAGCCCUCCAUCGCGUGCCGUUUUACUGACAGCAAAAUUGCUUAACCUUGAAUUGGAAUUACGCUCAAUUAGCCUAUUGAAAGGCGAGCAUCUAACAGAGGAGUUUAUUAAGAUAAAUCCACAACAUACCAUUCCUACACUGAUUGAUGAUGGAAAUGUCAUAUACGAUUCGCAUGCCAUUUGUGGUUACUUAGUUGACAAGUAUGGGAACGACGACAAACUCUAUCCAAAAGAUUUGGUGAAACGUGCGCAAGUGAAUGCACGCCUACAUUUCGAUUCCGGGCAUCUAUUUGCACGUUUACGUUUUCUUUAUGAACCGAUCCUAUACUCCGGUUCAACCGAUUGCUCUAUGGAUAAAAUCGCUUAUAUACAAAAAACAUACGAAAUAAUGGAGGAAAUGUUGAAAGAGCACCCAUACGUGUGUGGUGAUGAAUUGACAAUUGCUGAUUUGUGUUGUGUAGCAACAAUAACUUCUGUUGAUGAGGUGGCGCCAAUUGAUGAGUUUAAAUUCGCCAAGUUACGAGCAUGGAUGAAACGCUUGUCUGAGCUUCCUGAUUAUCAGAAGAUCAAUCAAGAUGGAGCUGAUGAGUUAAAGAAGAUCUUUAAAGAUAUUUUAGACGAAAAUCGAUCAAAACAAAAUAAAUAAGGUCCCUUUAUGAAUAUUGACUAAUAAUGAUAAAUAUAUUUGCAUGCAUAAAGAUUAAUAAACACAAAAGUUUA